AUGGCCCAACUCGACACCUUGGAUAUUGUUGUCCUGGGCGUCUUGCUCUUGGGCACUGUUGCCUACUUCACAAAGGGGACGUACUGGGGAGUAGUCAAAGAUCCAUAUGCCUCUAGCUAUGCGAACACAAAUGGUAACAAGGCGGGGAAGACGCGGGACAUCGUACAGAAGAUGGAAGAGUCCAACAAGAACUGCGUAGUCUUCUACGGAUCGCAGACAGGGACCGCAGAGGACUAUGCCUCGAGGUUAGCAAAGGAGGGGAAGAGUCGAUUCGGCCUGGAGACUAUGGUGGCGGAUCUCGAGGAGUACGACUUCGAUAACCUCGACACCUUCCCCGAGGACAAGGUCGCUAUGUUUGUGCUAGCCACAUACGGUGAAGGGGAACCUACCGAUAACGCUGUCGAUUUCUACGAGUUCAUCACUGGAGAGGACGUCUCAUUUUCGAACGCCUCAGACCCCCCACUCGAGAAUCUGAAGUUUGUAGCAUUUGGCCUGGGAAACAACACCUACGAGCACUACAACUUAAUGGUCCGAAAAGUCACAAAGACCUUGCAGAAACUGGGGGCGACCUUGAUUGGUGCCGCUGGAGAGGGCGACGAUGGUGCUGGUACUAUGGAAGAAGAUUUCUUAGCUUGGAAAGACCCUAUGUGGACCUCUUUGGCGGAGAAGAUGGGCUUAGAGGAGCGUGAAGCUGUUUACGAGCCCAUUUUCGCCAUUACUGACCGAGAGAACCUAACCAAGGAGUCCCCAGAGGUCUACUUGGGCGAGCCAAACAAGAUGCACCUGGAGGGUAGCCAGAAGGGUCCUUUCAACGCCCACAACCCCUUCAUUGCGCCUAUUGCCGAGUCCAGAGAGCUCUUCACCGUCGCGGACCGAAAUUGUCUGCACAUGGAGAUUGAUAUUAGCAACUCGAACCUCAGCUACCAAACCGGAGAUCACAUCGCUAUCUGGCCUACGAACGCUGGCAAGGAGGUCGAUCGGUUCCUCGGUGUCCUUGGGCUCAAUUCGAAGAGAGAUUCUGUAAUCAGCGUCAAGGCUCUUGAUUCCACCGCCAAGGUCCCAUUCCCGACUCCCACGACUUACGAUGCUAUUGUCCGAUACCACAUGGAGAUCUGUGCCCCUGUUUCUCGUCAAUUCAUUGCGACUUUGGCUCCAUUUGCACCGACAGAUGAAGCGAAGGCUGAGAUGGCAAAGCUCGGAAGCGACAAAGAAUACUUCCACCAAAGAGUCAGCAGCAAGUACUACAACAUCGCUCAGGCUUUACAGUCAGUCGCCAAGGCAGAGUGGACAGAGAUUCCUUUCUCAGCAUUCAUCGAAGGCCUCAACAAGGUUCAACCCAGAUACUACUCGAUUUCUUCCUCGUCGCUCGUGCAGAAGAAUAAGAUAUCCAUCACGGCGGUCGUCGAGUCUGUUCCUGUUCCAGGCCGGGAAGACCAUCUCAAGGGCGUUACCACCAACUACCUUCUGGCCCUGAAGCAAAAGCAACAUGGUGAUCCAAACCCGGAUCCUCAUGGACUGACAUACGACAUCACCGGACCACGCAACAAGUACGAUGGAGUCCAUGUCCCGGUUCACGUCCGCCACUCCAACUUCAAGCUUCCUUCUGAUCCUUCUAAGCCCAUUAUUAUGGUUGGACCGGGAACUGGUGUCGCACCAUUUCGCGCUUUUGUGCAGGAGCGAGCUGCUCAAGCUAAGGCUGGGCAGGAGGUGGGAAAGACCAUCCUAUUCUUCGGCUGCAGAAAGCAGACGGAGGAUUUCCUGUACUCGUCUGAGUGGGAUGAAUACAAAGAAGCCCUCGGCGAGAAGUUCUCCCUCAUCACCGCCUUCUCCCGCGACGGCCCCACCAAGGUUUACGUGCAACAUCGCCUCCAAGAGCACGCAAAGGAAGUCAACGAAUUGCUCCUGCAAAUGGCAUACUUCUACGUCUGUGGUGACGCUGCCAACAUGGCACGCGAGGUCAACACAAAUUUAGCGAAGAUUAUUGCUGAGCAGCGUGGUAUCCCUGAGAAAAAAGCCGAAGAAAUUGUCAAGGCCAUGAGAUCUGCGAACCAGUACCAAGAAGACGUCUGGUCAUAA